CUAAAUUAAGAUUAUUCCUCAUUUAAGAUCAAGUCUUGACCUCCAACGUCGGUUUAAACCGGUAUAAUAAUAAUUUCAAUCUUUAUUAGCAAUAUCAGUAAUGAAUGAGUCGGCCUUUUUCCACUCGGACUGAUUUACAUAUAAACUUCGCUCAGAUGCAAUCUUAGCUCUAUAUUUCGGGCAAUCGAAAAGCAUACUACAAGAAAUUUAAUCCUAUUAAGUGGAGUUUAUCUUUCUUCUAGUUUAUAUUUCUUGUCAAAUCUGUUUAUAACAUUAUUAAGAAUGGCAGCUGUGAUACCAAGUGUAAGCAGACUUUCCCCAAGAAUUAUCCGAGUUCUUGGAGCAAAUCCGGGGCCUAUGACUCUCCAAGGUACUAACACCUACAUUAUUGGAACAGGAAAAAGGCGAAUUUUAUUAGAUACUGGCGAUGCUGAUGUACCACAAUACAUAAAUCAUCUUAAAUCGGUUCUUAAACAAAAUGGAAUUGAUUUGGCACAUAUAUUUAUAUCACAUUGGCAUCAUGACCACAUUGGGGGUGUUUCUGAUGUUAUGCAAAUAAAGGAACAUACGAAAUAUUGUCAAGUUUGGAAAUAUCCAAGAACUGAUGUUAAAGUUGAAGAGCUUCCAAAUAACAUUUCCUUUGAUUUUUUGAAAGAUGGUCAAGAAUUUGAAGUUGAAGGUGCUACUAUACGAAUUGUUCACACCCCAGGACAUACAACAGACCAUGUUGUGCUUCAUCUACUUGAAGAUAACGCUGUAUUUAGUUGCGAUUGUAUUCUGGGUGAAGGAACAGCUGUUUUUGAGGAUUUAUACGAUUAUAUGAAUUCAUUAGAGAGUAUUUUGGAUAUUCAGCCAUCAAUUAUUUAUCCUGGACAUGGAAAUAUCAUUCAUGAGCCGAUUGAAAAAAUUCAAUAUUACAUAGAUCACAGAAAACAACGAGAAAAUCAAAUAAUGAGUGUCUUAACUACCGAACCUAAACGAAAAUAUACACCUAUGCAAUUGGUGGAGGCGAUUUACAUUGAAACCCCUAAAGAAUUGUAUUUAGCAGCCGCUUACAAUGUUCAACAUCAUUUAACAAAAUUGGUUAGAGAGAAAAAAGUGAAGGAAAUUGAUGGGAAUUAUCAAUACAUCGAGCAAUCAAAAAUGUAAUAACAUAAACGGCCUAAUUCUGUUUAAAUAAUUCAAUAAGUAUUACUUCUAAUAAAUAAUUUAUUUUAUUAUAAUGUUAAUUCAGUUUUAUUUGUGUAUAUAAGAUGUGGUUAUGGUUGAUUUUAGAAAAUAAAUCACAUUUUAAUAAGGUU